AGCAGUAUGAAACGCGACAGGCGAGGUGUGGAGGUCAGCAGGACUCAUAUCUACUGCAGUCCAUGAAGACAAACUGGUGAUUCACUGCAGCAAAGAGCAACUGAGGUAUAAUGCAGUUUACACACAAAUCAUGAAGACUGAGAACCAGACUUCAAAAAUCUGACAACGCACAAGUGUCAAGGUGAAGGUGUAUGAACUCACCUGCUCUCCUCGAUGGCCCCCCACUGCUCCCGCUGCCCAUGCUGACCGCUGCUCACUGACCGCUGCUCACCUGCUGUGUGUCCUCGUGCCUCUCGCCCAAACCCAAAGCUGUGAGGAGACAGCGUUGUGUCUCGUGAGUCACGCAGCCGAAGACGAGCCGGAGAACGUCUUAUCUCUCAUCAGGUCAUGUGUAAAGCGAGGCUCUUAACGAGCUGUAGGUCACAUGACCCUCUCUGCUGGCUCUCACUGAGCAUGCUCAGUUCACUCACGGUGUUGUCAGGCAAAAGAGAAGACAGCAGUGGAACAGAGGAGAUCUGCGACAGAUAAACACAGACACAGACAGAGAGAGAGAGAGAGAGAGAGAGAGAGAGAGAGAGAGCAGGAGAGGGAUUCUGCUGUAUACUGGAUGGUCUGUGUGUGCCGUGUCUCUUGAUGUAUUGUGUUCUCCAUCCUCUGUGUGUCGUGUCGGAGGAGAAGCGUCCGUCUGAAGAAAGCUCAGAGCUGACGUCUCCUGUCGUCGCAGAGCGACUGUUGUUUUGCUGAAAUGGAUCAGAAAAGCUUCACCCUGUCAGAGAUGCGUCUGUGAACACCAGAGCCGAUGGAGGUCAAAGGUCAGGGCUGGACGGAUGAAGAAUCAGAUGGAGAGAAUGAACCGGAGCAGUUUGUGUACGGGAUUCAGGGGAGCUGUGCAGCUGACCUGUACCGUCACCCACAGCUGGACGCCGACAUCGAAGCCGUAAAAGACAUUUACACGGACAGCGCUGUGUCCAUCAGAGAGUACGGCUCCAUCGAUGACGUGGACAUCGACCUGCAGAUCAACAUCAGCUUCUUGGAUGAGGAGGUGGCGACCGCAUGGAAGGUGAUCCGAACCGAGCCCAUCGUCUUACGCCUUCGUUUCUCUCUUUCACAGUACCUGGAUGGACCAGAACCAUCUGUGGAGGUGUUUCAGCCAUCCACUAAAGAAGGCUUCAGUUUGGGUCUCCAGCUAAAGAAGAUCCUCAGUACGUUCACGUCGCAGCAGUGGAAGCACCUCAGUAAUGAGUUCCUCAAAGCCCAGCAGGAGAAGAGGCACAGCUGGUUCAAAGCCGGAGGAACCAUCAAGAAAUUCCGUGCAGGACUGAGCAUCUUCUCCCCGAUUCCCAAGUCUCCCAGUUUCCCCCUGAUCCAGGACUCGGUGUUGAAAGGCAAACUGAACGUGCCCGAGCUCAGAGUCCCCCGGCUCAUGAACCGCUCCGUCUCCUGUACCAUGAAGAACCCCAAGGGGGAGCUGUUUAGUUAUCCUCCGAACAGCCAGACUGUGGCUGUCCCGGCGGGCAGGGCCCCUGCGCAGAUUACCACCCGCCAGCUGAUUGAGUUGUUUUUCUCAUCCCAGGCGGGCGGACACUGCAAGAACAUCCCCACGCUGGAGUACGGCUUCCUCGUGCAGAUCAUGAAAUACUCUGAGCAGCGGAUCCCUACUCUGAACGAGUACUGCGUGGUGUGUGACGAGCAGCACGUCUUCCAGAACGGAUCCAUGCUGAAGCCUGCGGUCUGCACGAGAGAGCUGUGUGUGUUUUCCUUCUACACGCUGGGAGUGAUGUCCGGAGCGGCCGAGGAGGUGGCCACCGGCGCUGAGGUGGUGGAUCUGCUGGUGGCCAUGUGUCGCGCCGCUCUCGAGUCGCCGCGUAAAAGCAUCAUCUUUGAGCCGUAUCCGUCUGUGGUCGACCCCAGUGACCCCAAAACACUCGCCUUCAACCCGAAGAAGAAGAAUUAUGAGCGUCUGCAGAAAGCUCUAGACAGUGUGAUGUCUAUUCGGGAAAUGACACAGGGCUCAUAUCUGGAGAUUAAGAAGCAGAUGGAUAAACUGGAUCCUCUGGCUCAUCCGUUAUUGCAGUGGAUUAUAUCCAGUAAUCGCUCUCAUAUUGUGAAGCUGCCGCUCAGUAGGCAGCUGAAGUUCAUGCACACGUCUCAUCAGUUUCUGCUGCUGAGCAGCCCGCCAGCAAAAGAAGCUCGAUUUCGCACCGCAAAGAAACUCUACGGCAGCACCUUCGCCUUCCAUGGCUCGCAUAUUGAGAACUGGCACUCAGUUCUGAGAAAUGGACUGGUCAAUGCAUCUUAUACUAAACUGCAGCUGCAUGGAGCAGCGUACGGGAAGGGCAUCUAUCUGAGCCCCAUUUCCAGUAUUUCCUUUGGAUACUCAGGAAUGGGGAAGGGGCAGCAUCGCAUGCCCACUAAAGAUGAGUUAGUCCAGCGAUAUAAUCGAAUGAACACCAUGCCACAGAGUCGUCCCAUUCACUCACGCUUCCUCCAGAGCAGGAACUUAAACUGCAUCGCUCUCUGUGAAGUGAUCACGUCUAAAGACCUGCAGAAGCAUGGGAACAUCUGGGUGUGUCCGGUGUCUGACCACGUCUGCACACGCUUCUUCUUCGUGUACGAGGACGGUCAGGUGGGAGAUGCUAACAUUAACACACAGGAGCCUAAGAUCCAGAAGGAGAUCAUGCGUGUGAUCGGCACCCAGAUCUACUCCAGCUGAAGGAGGACUUUCCUGAGAGUGACACGUUUAAGGGAUAAGCCCCGCCCACAACCCUUCGACUUCCCACAGAGCCGCUGUCAAUCAAAACAGCCUGGCGCCUGAUUGGACGAGACGGUUGGCCAAUGAACACGCAGGAGCGUAAAGUCGCACCUGUUGCUCGUUUGAUCCUCUUCAUAGCAGUUCGAUGGAUCUAUACACAUACAAACAAGAACGUCGUUUAAAAAUGUUUAUUAUUGGAUGUAAAUGAUGAAUCUGUGUUUCGUAUCUUCUUCAUCUGUCUCCUCCGCUGCUCUUUCUGACUGAUGACAUUUAUUAAUAUCCCAGAUGUAUUUAUCUAGGAGUCUCCUGCUGGAAACAAUUUCCUGUCGUUUGUUGAUUUAUCGCCCGACAGAUCACGGAUGAGAGGACGUCGUUACUCACGUUUAGACUUUUCUCUUUUACGUGACGCCGUUUUGAUGCCGUCAUCAGGCUUUAUUUGCAUUCUCAGACAUUCCCAGGGCUUGUGGGUAAUUUUUCACAAACCCUGCAGAGGGAAGAUGUACAGCUGCAGUCAAACAUUUGGA